AUGAAACAAAAUAAUAAUUUAUUCAAUGUAUAUUAAGCACACUUAAAUACUAAUGUUGGUGAAAGAAUAAUAUAACACAAUAGAAAUACAAAUAUCAUAAAGAAAAGUUAAGAAUAGGCUUCAUUCUUAUUUUUCACUUAACUAAAAUUCAUAUUAAAAAUAUUUUAUUUGGUGAAGUAUUUGAAUUUGGUAAAAAUUGAAUAAAGGAACUCUAAUCAAGGGAUUUCAAGAAAGAUUCUGAGAUAUUAAGUUUUAGAGUAUUAUUUAAUCAUAAGAGUUUUGGAGACUUAAAGCUAGUGUUACUUAAAUUUAUUAAGACAGUAAUAAAUUUCUACCUUUCGGUUAGAUGAAUUUCUUUACAUUACUUAAGAUAAAUGA